CAAAAUCGGUCAAUUGCUACUCUACAUUUGAACUUAAAUUAAACAUAACCUUUAAACGGUAUAUAAAAAAUAUUUAUUAAAAUGAUUUUGCACAAGUUGUGUCUUCUUCCGAAUAAGCUGAGAGUAUUUCAGAUUUGUAGAGCAAUUAAAACGACCCCUAAAUUUUGUACAAGUCAAAGCCCGAUCGUGAACACCAAUCUCGUUAAAGAUGUUAUUUUGUACAAGUACGAUAAUCCCAGGUUUUUUAAGCUAUUGAACAUAUUCGCAGUAUGCCAGUUCGGCUUUUGGACCUACCUAUCCCUGUUUGCCUACACAUCGCUACGAGAUGCACCGAGUACAAGCUCGCCCGGUGCGCCUUGGUAUCAGCGAAUUAACCUUGGCGAAAAUAAGUACAGGAACGGUAUCGCUUUCCUUUCAUUUCUACUUGGUUACGGUAUUUUGGCAAUAUCCUGGAUGUAUACGUUAAGAUCGGUUAGGUAUCUGGUUCUGCACAAGGGCGGUUCAAAGGUGACAUUUGUCACGUACGCACCGUUCGGAGUCAACCGAAUGAUGACUGUCGGAUUGGAAAAUAUGAGUUGCCAGCAGACGCGACAGAACGCCACCACACAGUUACCCAUUAAAGUUAAAAAUCGUUUUAUGUAUUAUAUUCUCGAUAUGAAAGGGGAAUUUAAAAAUGCUGCAUUAUUCGAUUACACAGCAGGCCUAAAACGUACUUUAAAAUAAAAAUGUUUAUAUGGCAUUUUCACUCUCCUCUUACCUCACAGCUAAAAGACCGUAAAGACCUCUUCUCCCAGGAUCACCACU